AAUCUUAUUCGUUUAAACGCAGAUAAACGUGUUGCAAAGGCGACGUAGAAAUGAUAAAUGUUCAAAACAAACUCCCCAAAUAGUCAAAAUGUCAUCGUAUCCAAUCGUCAGUUAAACGCUGGAGUGAACCCGAGACGAUGGCACCAGUACAAGGAGCGCAAAAAGCGAAUCCAGUCCGUCUUUUUUCUUGCACGCUGCAGAGUUUCCUCGAAGCUCCGUGUUUUGGCCCCGAUCCGUGCUCCAAGUUAAGCUGUAGUUUCCAUGGCUGACCAUGGUUUGGUGCUGUUGGCUCUCUCUGUCUGCUCAACCCAGGCUGUGCGGAGCUCCCUGCGGGAUCAGAGCGCUCCCCCGCCGGGACCCUACUCUCACAUCCUCCUGCUGGGACACGGCUACAUUUCCAGCCAAGCCUGGCUUUAUUAUGUGUGUCUGCGCUGCAGCCCCGCCAGCAGUCGGAUCGGGAGGCGGAGGGAAGACCAGAGUCAGGACAAAGAAAAAGGGAGAGAGAGGCUAGCGACUAGAAAUAUUUACGGCUUUUAGUACGAUAAAGAAGAAGAAGAAGAAAAAUCCGCUCAGGUGAAAAUGCUGCGUAAAAUGCCAUUGAGAGUGGCACCUUCGGAAAAAUAACAGCGAAGGAGGGCGGUUCGGCGGGAUCACAACGAAAAGAGACAGUUGCGACAACUGCAAAAAGGAGGAAAAACAUUGCGAAUCAAUUCCGAAACACCGUCGAAGUGGCUUUUGCACAUUAUCGGCAAGUAUUGUCGCCUCUCGCCACUGAUCAGGUGUAAUUUGGGCACGCUCCGCUUCUUCAAACUCUGAGCGCGCGUGCCCGGUCCGCCGUUACGGAGGAACAAAAGAGCGUUCGCUUCUCGAGCACGGGAAAAGCCGCAAGUUAUUCGUUAAAUCUACAGGUUGGAGAAGUUCAAUCAUUGGAAUAUCAGUUUCCAUUGCCGUAGGCCUACUCUCUCUUCCUUUGAACGCUUCUGGACUAGCGAGACUGAAGUUGCCGCAUUGCAACAGGCAAAGUGAAGAAAUCUCCCAAGUAUCAGCGCGUGACCUGUCAAUAUUUCUCGGAGAGGACAAGAUACCCGUUAAAGAAAGUAAAAUAUUGUUGUUAACACGGAGAUGUCUAGACGCAAGCAGGCCAAACCGCGCUCCGUUAAAGCGGUGGAAGAGGCCGAAUCUACAGAGUGCGCCAGUGGUUGGGACUCCUCUGUACAUACAGAUGCAGCAGUAUCAGAGCGAGACUCUGAUAGAAAGGAGAGCCGGGCGGCGGGUGAGGACGGAGAACAGAGUGUGACCAGUCAUGAUGAGAGGGUGGGAGAGGAGGAUUUAGAUGACGACUCCAUCUUCACCUGUGACAACUGCCAACAGGACUUUUCUCGACUGUCUUGA